GGAAGAAGAAGAAGAAGAUGAUGGUGGUCAUGGGGCGCCAUCCAGGCAGCGCCGUGACAUCUUCCUCCUGCUGAUGACCUCUGACCUGGGCCUGCCGCCAGCAUGGGGUGUCACCUGACCCGCAACAAGGCUCACCAACCUUCGCGCCACAGGCACCGGGAGGAGCAGCGCUCCGUGGACCAGUACGGCCAGCCCGUCAGCACGCAGGGGGAGGGCCGAAGGGGGCGGAGCCACCGCCGGCGACGCGUGGAACACAGCAGGACCCCCUCGGAGAGACACUGGGAGGCCCUGAGGGCCAUGGGACUGAUGGAGGCCGAGGAGAGCCGGGCGGGGGGCUACAACGGCGGACACUUUUAUGACAACUCAGCGUCCAAUGUAUAUGCCGCCAACAACGCCCUGGUGUCACCUGAUGUCUAUUCCACCCAUGGCUACCUGUCCAGGGAUCCCACCAGCCAUGGUUCCAACUACCUGCCUAGUGUCUCCUACAGUUUGGACCACCUGGACCGUCUGGACAGCCAGGUUCCAGAAAUGUCAGCGUAUCAGCCCAACUCAGAGAGCUGCCUGCUCGGAUGCUGCAACUCGGAGGAAUCGGAGGAGCACAAGAGUUAUUCCAAGCAGUCUUACCGGCCCCAAUGGCGUCCCCUGGGCUACCUUCCCCUCAGCGAGCUGGACAGCGGCCUGGGAUGCGGCCCAGACAGCCCGCAUCACCGCGUGGCGCUCUCCGAAGCUGAGACGGACGCCAUGUCAUCGCUACCCGGCAACACCGCCUCUUCACAAGGCUCCUCCUCCUCCUCCGAGUCGCUCAUCUCCUCGGAACCCAGCGACUCGGGCUUCCACAGCGUCAGCACCGGCGAGCACAGGUGUUUCCAUAAGAUCCAGAGAAACGCUUACUACCUGCGCUCGGGUCACUCCCCCCGGGAGCAGAGGGGACGCUGGGAUCUGGAGUCCAUCCCUGAGACCACGCCAAUGACCCAGGCCGGAGCGCCGCAGUCGUCCCGCUGCACGGUGGGCAACAGCACUACCACCACGGUGCACUUCCACCGAGCUGAGAGGAGUCCCACUCUGCCUCGUACCCGCUCGCCACCUUCGCCCUCUUCUGGUUGCCGCACAGAGCCCUGCCAGCGCCGGGCGCUAUGGUUGGAGCAGCGUCAAGGAAGAGGGGGUGGUACUAUCGAGGCACCAGGAAGAAGUCGAACACUAAUGGAUCUGAGUGAGGUCCAGCAGCAUCGCCGGGCCAGCCACCCUGUAGACAUGGAAGUGAACACUGCGAGGAAGCAGGUCCAUAGCAACCAACCGCGUCCAGCCAGCAGCACACCGGGUCCUAGGAGCCGGGCCAGUUAUCCCACAAGUUGUCCGCCUUCUGUUCACCUCAGCAUAGACACACUGACUGGUCACCAAAACACAACCAGGGCCUUGCAGAGCGGGGGCUGCAGCAGGCAGGAAGAUCUGAGGAGUCACGGGUUGCUUCCUCGCGUGCCAUCAGACUGGCGCGGUUUUCAGACUCUGGGAAAUCAAACCAGCAUCCAAAAAGGUUCUUCUGGCCCUUUUUACAGCACACUAGGGGCACAUAUUAGCCCCCGCUCUCCCCUCUCCCCACGCUCCCGACAGUCCAAUCAGAAGUCAGUGAGGAACCAGCUGCUCCGCGCCCGAGCUUACCGGCUGGCACGGGAGAGAAGCGAAGUCACCACGGACGAGGAGAUGCGGGGUGACACUGGGAGACCAGGGGACCACGAAGGGGAGGACGGGCCGUGGGCCGGCAGGUACUGGAACCGCACCGAGAGGAGACGUCACCUGGCGUUGUCGCGGCAACACAGAGAGCGUCGUUGGGGUGAGGAGGCAGCAAGCGUAGGUCAGGGGUCGCUGUCUUCCCAGAUGGUUCUGGAACUGAGUCACAGGAAGCAGAACCGGCUGAGGAACAGCAAGCUACUCGAUGAUUGGAUCACGGUGGAGGAGCUCUUGACUCACGGGACCAGAGUAGAGGCCGACAACCAACUCUGUCCCAGUCCUCUGCUAUCGGUCACUACCGUCUGA